CCGGAGAGCGGACAGCCGGAGAGGAGCAGCCGAGCCGGGAAGGCCUCUUGACCAAACUCCUUGACUCGGAACCGACACAAACAACAACAACACAAAGACCACGGCCGGUUGGCAGCUUCCCCCGCUCUGUCAGGUGUCACCAUGGAGGAGUACAGCUCUGGAGACGAGGUCAUCUUCAAUCCUGAUGAAAGCAGCAGUUUGGUCAAAGAGUGCAUUGAAGGCGUCAUCGGUGGAACCGAUUAUAACCAGAACAAAGUGAACCAGUGGACGGCCAGUAUAGUGGAGCACUCUCUGACUCACCUGGUCAAACAGGGACGGCCCUUUAAAUACAUCUUGAACUGUGCCAUCAUGCAGAAGAGCGGCGCCGGCCUCCACACAGCCAACUCCUGCUACUGGGACACCGCCACCGACGGGAGCUGCACUGUUCGAUGGGAGAACCGCACCAUGUACUGCGUGGUCAGUGUGUUUGCUGUGGCGCUGUAAAAGCAGCACGGAGCUGAUCUGUCCUGAUGAACGCCGCCAUGUCUGAAGCUGCGCUUGAAGUACCCGCCAUGAGCAAGACGCCACAAAGAUCCUGUGACGAUCUCCAGGUUCCUGAUAAGUAGCUUUUUUUCCCCUGGCAGGCUAGAACAACAAAACUUCAGCUGUGGUUCUCCAGUCGGAAUCUGUCGGACUAAAGUUACGGUCAUCCACUUGAAAUAACUUCUUCCUUAAAUAUCCCACAAGCAUAGUCAUUCAUAGUCCAUGUAGUUAUAGCCAUGCUGAACAAGGCAGCGUUCUUCUCGGAGAAGUAAGAUUUGUGGUUCUGAGUGAGAUAUUGUGAUAUCUGUUGGAUGAAGUAUAGCAAAAAACAUUCAUGUUUCCUUUCAGGAUCUUGUUAUGUGAAACGGUGUAAUAUUUCCAUGAAUGACCAAAUAUCUGAGACAUUGUAAGCUUCCCAUCAGCCUCAACUGUGCUUUGUGUUUACUGCAGCAUUUUGUCCUUCUUGACAUUCCCAGACUAAACUGACUGAACUGUUACUGUCGUUGGAGUAAGAACGUGUCGCUGUUAUUUCUUUGUUUUAAAUACAGUAACUUAUCUACCUGCGUCAAGUGUUACUACUACUCUGUGUUGAUAAUUUAAUGAAUUGACAGUCUGUUUCGUCAUCCUGGAAUUCAUUUGUAAAACGGUUUGUUAAAUAAACCUUUUUUCCUUUUUAAUGCCA